CAUCCACAGCUGCAGAGAAGCUGUGUUGAUGGAGCGCCGGUCUGGUCUAAUCUCUGGACCAUUCCUGUUUGGUCUGCACAGUGAGUUUUCCUCGGACACAGUAGAUCACUGCAUGCUGUGUUUGACUGUAACUCUGUGAACGUGUGUUUGUGUUGUUCUCUGCUGCGGGAACUUCUGAGCAUGGAGCUCACCGGCCUGAGCUGCCAGGUGUGUCUCAGAAAACACCCAAAGGUGUCUGCUUUCAAGAAACAUGUACAAUCAAUAGAGCAUCGAAAGCAAAUGGAGGAGUUAUUCCCAAAUGGUCAGCUCAGUGGUCAUGGCUUCUUUCCCAACAUUGUUUUCAUUAAUCCAAAUAGCAAAUAUGACAACAAAACGCAAAGCAUAGGCUUGUGUCUCCUGAAUCUGGUUUACUGUCCAGCGACUCGGACCUACUUUUACCUGUGCCAUGUCUGUGAGGAAAAGCGUCCGUCAGAAAAUAUUUUGCACCACCUUUCAUCUCGUGACCAUUGUAAUAACUACAUUAGCUACAUGGACCCCAAUCUACUGAGUUUCUCCUGGAUGCCCAGCUCGGACACGAGAGUCUUUCCGAGGCCUGAGAUCACGAAGGAAGUAAAGGAAACACGAAACACCCUACAGAUUCUGGAUAUGCCUGCAAAUCUAAUGAACAAGAUUAACAAGGGCACCUACUCUGAAGUGAUGCACACUCUCAUAGAAAAUGAGAAACUUCUCAAGCGGCUUGAAGCUAUCAAGCCAAUGCGGACGAUGAUCCAAGAAUACCAAAGAGACAGCAACAGAAAACAUCCACUUCUUGGCAUGCAGCACAUUGUUGAAUGCAUUUGUGUUGGAGCGUACGAGAACAGAUACUACCUCUGCACCCUCUGCAAACUAACCAUGGGCAUCCGCGCGAUCAUCAGACAUGUUCUCAGCUUUGACCACAUCUUCUCUUACUUUAAAGCGUGGCACCCCUCUACUUUGAUGGCAAAGGAAAGCUACAGUUACUCCAAGUCCUUCGCCUACACGAUGCUUAAUUUUGCAAAGCAGACAGAAGAAAUCCAUGGAGCUGCAAACACUGAUAUGAAGCAAGUGAACCUGGAGCCUGCUGAAUUUACCUCAGUGAAUUUCAAGUCAUAUGCAGAAGCUUUGAAGAAACUGGAAUCCAUCACGAAGGGAAGAGAAGGCGGCAGCUUGGUUGCAAUCAUACACCCAGGGAACAAGCUGACGUUUCGGUCAAAGCCAGCCAGUGUGUCGUCCAGUGUGCCGACAAGUGUGUCGUCCAGUGUGCCGGCCAGUGUGCCGGCCAGUGUGCCGGCCAGUGUGCCGGCCAGUGUGCCGGCCAGUGUGCCGACAAGUGUGCCGGCCAAGGAGCCGGUCAAAGGGCCGGUCAAAGGGCCGGUCAAAGGGCCGGUCAAAGGGCCGGUCGCACCAUCGUACAAACUACACUGUCUGGACUGCAGCGUCAUCUUUGCAACUUUAUCUCAGUAUCUGCAACAUGUGUCACAGUUGAAACACAAAGAGAUGUUGAAGAAAGUCUUUAAAGAAGGUUCUUAUGGAGACCAAAAAGCACCUGUAAAAUUGAGUCUGGACUUGCACAGUUACCUCCAAGAGGCCUUGAAGCUGAAUCAGCCAGUUGCUGGUGCAUCCCUGGUUGUGGCAUGUGUGAGCUCUCGGGUUCAGGCAGAAACUAUUUAUGUUUGCUUUGCUUGUCAGGACUGUUUCCCAGAGUCUUCAGUCAGGCAACACAUGAAGUGUGACAAACAUGUCAUACAAACAUUGCUCUACCAGAAUCCCUGGAGGCUCCCUUUUGCCUGGAAGAACUAUGUGGAAAGCCUGAAAGUCUCGAGGGCAGUGGCGUGGGAAGAGGAGAAGCAAAGAGGACCAAAGCAGAUGGUGGUGAAGGUCCUUGAUAUCCCAAACCAUAUAUUUCUGAGCUCCACCCCACCUAGUUACCAGAACGCGAUGGAGAGACUCAAAUUACAUCACAAUCUCUUAAAGAAGGAAGUCCCACAUUGUGAAACGUACGACAAACAAAACGGGAGGUUUCCUCUUCUCGGCAAACAGUUCCUGGUCAAGUUCGAUCAGUGUGUCGUACGGCACCAAUCUAUGGAAAUGAGAUUUCCUUGUUUACUCUGUGAGAGGAGACUGUCUGGUUAUGAGUUUUAUGCUCAUGUGUUCAGCUGGGAACACGUUAAACAUUUUCUGGACCGUUUCCACCCAGGCUCGCUGACUUCAAACACUGACACAGAGACCAUACUGGACUUGGCAAAACAGGCAGAACGUAUUCACCCCAUAUCUAAAGUACAGGAAAUAAAGUUGGAUAAGCCCAUCAGGGAGCCGUGCACCUACAGCACAGUAAUAUCAAUAUUGGCAUCUGCAAAAAGAAGAAAUGGGGGAGGAAAGCUGGAACCCACCAUAACACCUAAAAAUAAGCUCUUCCCCAGGGAAACUCUGAAAAAAGUAGAUGAGGCCCAUGUGAGAGACAACAGUCAGAAUAAAAGUUGGAUGAUGGAGGGAUCUGACAGGAAGACCAGUCAAAAAUCUACAGACAACCCUGAAAACACUCCGAAAAACACUUCGGUGGAACCGGGUUCUGGUGAAAAAAAAGCAGAGGGAGCCCACAAAGAGACUCUUACACCAAGUGACACACAAUCGGAGAAGAGCCCAGAAGUGUUUUCUCAAACGUGUCCAGAUGAAGUAAAGACAGCAGGUGUGGAGACAUGCCAGUGGAUAAAGCAGGAGAAAACGGAUGAGAAAAUGGAGGAGGUAAAGAAAGCAGAUGUGGAGACAAGCCAGUUGAUAAAGCAGGAGAAAAUGGAUGAGAUAAUGGAGAAGGUAAAGGAGAUAAAGAAGGAGAUAACGGUGGAGUUGAUAAAGGAAGAGAAUAUGGAAGUGUCUAUAUGGGAGAUCACAGAACGCUCCCAGAACACAGACAAUGGUGAUAGAGCAGAGACUGGGGAAGAGUGCAAAGAUGUCCAGACACCAUUGACGACUUGCAUGUACAAGACAAACGAAAGAAAGAGGCAAAACAGCACGUCUGAAAAAUCACAAGAAAGCAAAUGUUCUGCUGAGGAUGUGGGCAGAGAAAUGGAGCAUAAAAGGCAGAAGCUCAAUUCCAAUGAAGACUCACCUUGUGAGGAAUCCCAAACAAUGUCAAGCACUGGACUAAAGCUGGAGACCACCAUCAUCCAGAGAGAAAGUGGAAAACUAAGUUACGAGACUACCAACGAUAAAGUGUCCUCCCAUGAGAACCACCAACAAGCAGUUCAGCUGUGGCAGUACGUCAAGAAGAACAACCGAGAGCCCGUAGUGGGCUUAAACGCACUUCUUGAAUGCGUCUGUGAUCAACAUGACCCCAUCUACCUCUGUAAGUGCUGCUCUCUGAAGCUCCCAGAGCCCGAUAUCAUCAACCAUGUUACUGGACUUGUCCAUCAGAGGACGUAUCUGUUGGGAACACAGAAAAUCCCACCUCCAACAAGGAAGCACCAGAGGAAGAAGAUGAGACGUUUGGCUGCUUCGUUUGAACAAGAUAAAGGAUAUGGAGAGGCUCAGGUUAUUGAACUGGAUGAAGACGUUUUUGAGAGAAUCUCAAAACAGAGCUUCUAUUCAGCCAUGCAGACUAUAAAGGCACUUCUGGCUCAGCAGGACAAACAGCAUGAACUCUCUUUAGCCCCAGCUUUGCCUGCUGCUCAACCUGAGCCGGCCUCAGUCACCGUUCAUGCUAAACUUGAGUUUUACUCCGGGAUGGACACCCUCCAGGUGAUAGAUAUGGAUAUUGACUCAGAAAAUUCUGAGACAAAACCUUCAUCAGUAACUGCACCCAUGUCUGUGAUGACUGAAAGCACUCAAGAUGCAUCAAGUCCUCAACCCAAACGCGGGACAAACGCUGCCGGUUUGCAUUGUGAUCCCAGAAGGAAUAACUCAGGAGAUAAAAUCGCCCCAAACACAAUCAUGGAACGAUUGAAAGCAUUAACCUCUUUAAAAGUAGGGGGGACACCUCAUACUGCAACGACUUUAGAUUCUACCCCUACUACCCCCACAAAAUCCACGACAGCCAUCACCAAAUGUACCUCCAUUUCUUCCAAGUGUACUCCAGACUACACUAAACCGAUAGCAACUGUCCGCAAACCUACAGCAACUGCAUCCAACUGUACCAGAGCCCCCACCACAUUGGGAGAAACGACCUACAAAUGUACAGCAGCCAAAUCAGUUGCCACUGCAACCACCACUAAACCGACAACUACCACCGUCUGUCCUGCAACCUCCUCUAAGUAUACAGCAGCCUCUUCCACACUGAUGGGAAGCACGUCUACUUCUAACAUGAGCAUCUCCAGGAUGGUCUCAACCACAAAAUCCACAACAUUGACGAAACCGAUGGAAAGCACACCUGGCGCGGCAACCAAAACUACAGCGACUUCAUGCAGACCUUUACCCGCUUCUCAAACCGGAUCCACAGUGGUGCAUAAAACCACUUGUGUACCUACGCAUUCUGAAACAGCAUCCAAAUUUACAGUUACACCUCAAACUACAGUGACAAAUGCAGCCGUGGCUACAGUGACUCAAACAUCACGUCAAUUUGAAAAUAUCAAAGCCUCCGCCAAGACUGUACAUGCGAUGAAUUCAAUGUUGUCAAAUGUUGAUGCUGCACCACAUAUUCACAAGAGCAAUCCACCUGCCACUCCCACUGACACGUCUGUCAGGUUUGAAUACAAGAGUCCCCCCACAGAGCCGUCACAGGCCUUCACAAACAAGGGAAACAAAAACCCUCCCAGACUUGGCUUAGACGAGGUGAUUACAGUGACUUCUGGAAACAAGAAGCAAAUCUACUGUCAGCUGUGUUCAGUCAGGCUGAAUGAAUCCAGUCACCUCACCAGCAGGAGCCACGUGUAUCAAUGUGUGAAAAAGAAGUACAGCGGGUUCCUUUCCGAUAUGUUGGAGUCGCCAAAUAACUGGGCCAUGGUUGUUGCAAACUUGGCUGAGCUGGAGAGGAAAUGUGGAAACCGGAGGGGCCAGACAAUUGAAGUGACGGAUGAUGUCUAUAAUGAGCUGCGUGAUCGCCUGGAUGCCAAAACAGCUAUAGAAAGACUGAAUAUGAUGCUGAAUCAGGCCCCGCCCCCCUUCACUGAUGAUGCUCCAGAAUCAUUGAGACCAAAACUUGCCUUCCCCAGUUCAUGUGAGGCUUCAAGCUUAGAUGAUGUGAUUGACACACCUCAGGAUGAAAAACCAGAGCUUCUUACCAACAACCAGCCGCAGCAGGAGAACACCUGUACACUCGUCCAAGUCCAAGAGAAACCCGGUCGUGCAGAUCCUUGUGCCGCUUACUCAGAAUCUGCAUGCACCUGUGCCCAAACCCCUCAUACACACCAAGGGACUCUUGAGAACAGACGGCAGCAGGAGAGAAGUGACCCAGAGAUGCGGGACACAGGGAAGACGUCACCUGUAAUGUCCCCCAGCCCAGACCAGUUCUCCUCAGCUCCGGUGAACACGGAGCAGCAGGACCAAUCAAGACCCAGCCUCAAAGCAGAACAUGUACCGACACCAGAGCACGAGCAGCACAGUGCAUCAGGGGUGCUCCCAAGCGUUUCAGUCGCAGAAAGAAAUCAGGGCCGCAGUUAUUCAUCCACAAAUGUUAGCGCAAUUGAGAAGGACACUGAACCAAUCAUAGGUCUGGACAAUGUGUGGGAGUGUCGAGGGAUAUUUGGGAAUUUAUUCUUCUUGUGCGAGAGCUGCGAGGAGACGCUCUCCAUCCAUCACAUCUUUCAACACCUGAUCAAUACGGAUCACGUGGUCAAAUACAUGUUGAGGUCUUAUCCGCAUUUUAUGCUGCAAUUCUGGCCGUUGAAGGAUCUGGCUCAAGAAAUAAAAUUCAAAAUUCUGAAGGACGUCGUGACGGAACUCUCAAAAAGAGACUUUUUUUACAAGCGUGUGCUGCUGGGACCCGAGCUGUUUGAACAUGUGCGGACGGCUCCAUUCAGUGAAGCUUUUCACAUGGUGACAAGAGUCAAGACAGAAGAGGAAAGCGGCGUUUUGUCUCUACCAGUCAGUACUCCACAGCAAAGUGACAAAUGCCUUCCAACCAGAAAACGUCCAGCUGAUCCAUCUAUUGAAGCGCUGGUCACAGAUGACCCCCAACUCGAUGAUCCUUUGCCAGCCAAACACACACGCAGCUCAUUGGCACCGCACCGUCAGCCUAGCUCUGAACCAGCUCUCGAGUACACUGUUAACCCUGCUGCAACCUUCACCCCCGUAUCUGGAGAGGAGAAAGAAACGGGACCUGGAUGUGACAAAGAGAGGACAGUGAAAUGGUCAAUGCUUGAUGACCUUAUAAAGCUGGUGCUGCAGAAGAAAUCUGAGAAGAAACUGUCCCCUUGUAGGUCAGCUCCAGGUCAUGCCGACGCCACAACCUCCACUUCUGAAAGGGGUGUGGAAGGAAAAUGGGCUUCAAGGUUUGAGCAGGCUGAAGUGAAAAUGGAGGAAAAGGCAUCACAAUGGAAUUCACAGUGUUCUUGGCUUGAAGCUUCAUUAAAAGAUAUUCCGCGCUCCAUUGAAUCUUUGGAGGGGAUGCUUUCAACAGCACCUUGCGUGGAUUUAAAGUCCGAGCACCAACACGUCAUUCCAAAAGUUCCGUGUGUCAACAGCUUAUCUCCAAGGGGGCAUUCACCAAAAGGCAACCUUUUGUCCUCAGCAACCGUCGGCACCACGCUACCCUCUGUCAGCACUGCCCCCCCCGAUGAGCUACAGCACCAAAGCCCCGAUGCUCAGAAUAUGUCUGUAAAUGUGAGCAAACGCCAGCCUCAUCUCACCUGUGUGGCUGCCAACUUUAACACGGGUCAGGUAUCACAGCUACAAAGUCACACUACGACCGACACCACUAGUGUUUGUCAGCUGCCCAUUAAACCCAUCAUAACUGCCAGGUCUGACCACACUCACCAGCAACCUAUCGGUGGCUAUAAAAAACAUGACCACACUGAGGUGAAGAGAGAAAUUCAGGACGCUCACAGUUUGUCCACAGAUCAAACUGCAAACCCCAGUAUCACCCCGGCAGCUCCAGGGGGAUACGGACAUCCUGUUUCUGUGAAUUUCGCUGGUUGCACAACCCCAGAGAACCCGUCUGUUUAUCCUCAGGGUUUAUACCAACAUGAAGGGCUCUACCCAGGUCAGAUUAAUCCAGAGCAGGAAUCAGUUCAGAUGCGUUUUCAAACAUUUGGAUACGUUUUCACAGCGCCACCAAUCCCAGGACGGCUGAGCCUGGAUAUGCAGCAGCAGUGGCAGUGGCAGCGCUCCUCAUUGACUAGUGCCACCCGGUCUGCUGGCUUUGGCAACGUGACAAAUGAUGCUGUGAACUUAGGAGCGGUUCCUUUCACUAUUCCAGCCAACCAUUCACAAAGGCUAACUGACCUGACCGCAUGCAGCACCAGCGGAGUUGUUCCGGGGCAGAGCAUCAGCGACAUAAUGCCACGGCACUUUUACCAGGUUUACAACAGACCUCCAGCUUUUCAAUCUCCUCCCUCCAGCCAACAGUGACAACAUCUCCCAGGCUUCUGCAAACUCUUUCUUUGCUUCUGCCUUUUUUUUUGUUUGUUGCUGCAGCUCCCUCUAUGGUCAAUACAGCUUCUCUUACAUCCCAUCAUACAACUUGUUAAAGCAUUGUUGUUACCAGGAUCUUACAAGUGAUUUCUGCUGUGCAGCCGUUAAAUAUUCUUUCAGUUUAGGAGUGUAAGACCAUGGGGAAGUGGUCUGAGGACAGAUGACGGCUCAGGAUCUUCAUGAAUAGUGUCUGUUCGCUUGUGACUAUAAAGGUACUUAACAUAAUAUUAUCACAGGCUUGCAGGCAUUUCUUUUUGUUUUUUGUAGCAACAUUUUUCUGUUGGACAUUUUCCCGCUUUGUUUACAACAGUAAAUUAUUAAGUUACGGCCAUUUUAAUUUUGCACCCAUUGAAGAGAAAACCUAGAUUUGUUGUUAUAUUCUUAUUUAAGUAUUAACAGAUGGAAAUCAGUGCCUUUGCUUUUGUAUGUUCUGUAUGUUCACAAGUGCACGGUGCUGUAUAUUUCUAAGGUUCUGCUUUGUGAACAUUUGUGAAGAACAACCUACGACACUGGCAUUUUAAUAGAUACGAAUUUUAAGUGUUUUUUCUGUUGUAGCAGUGAGUUCAGGAUACUGUGAAUGUUUGAAACUGAAUUUAUAUCUUAUUUUGAAUAUGAAGGAUCAUUUUAUAAACUCUGAAAAAGGAUUUAACUGCUGAUGAUGGUUCCAGUAUUAACAGUUUUAAUGUUACAUUUUCAGCUGUUGUCACCUGAUUUCGGGCAUAGUUUUAUAUUCACAUUUUGUUCAUCUGAAUAAAAUUGUUGUGAAAACUGUUGAUUUAUUAAAAGAUUUUUCAUAA